AUGCCUUCUCCGGCUAAGGUUUGCCAUAUGGCUCCUCUGAACACUGUGUUAAAGUGCGAUGAAGACUUACUUAAAUCUUCUUCAACCCAGGACGCCUCGCUGGACGAGCUUCUUCGCCGAUGCGAGUUCGACCGCGCCGAAGACGUCGAAGACACUGCUGUCAACUGUCAUUUGCCUAUGGCCGCUAUACCAAGAUCCUCGCCCAAGGCAAAGUGGUACGAUGAAUCUUUCCCAACUCUCCAUUGUGUGCCUACCGGUCGAUCUGGGCCAUCCUUUUCACCCCUGUACGAAGAAAUUUGGGAUGAACGGUCGGGCUGGGCUCAUGGAACUGCACAGACGGCUUCAAGCCCUUCCGAAGACCAGACCGAAUCCAAUGAGACCACCAGCUCAUGUUCGAGUUACGAGAGCCUUCUUCCCAGGAACGAGUUUGGCCGGGACCGAUUAUCACGCACCGCGGAAUCUGAGGACUAUUCGUUUGCACAGCAAUGUGUCGAUAACAUCUUUGCUGAUCGCCAAGCCUGGAUUGAAGCAGAUGAGGAGAUACAUCACUUCAAUUGGAUGGGCAUACGAGCUUACACACACAGCUCAACUUCCCCAUCUGAUUCCCUCGCUAUUAUAUUGGCGAAGCCCAAGAACCCGCAAGGAAGUGCCAUCUGGAGAAUUCAAUCGCUCCUGAGCCGAGCACAUCACUACAUAGACCCCGUUCUUGUACUUAUGGAUGGCACCGACAAUGGCUUGUUCGAGCUCCGAGGAUCGGAGCUUGUCCGUGCAUCAACUGGACGCGUCUUCAAAUUCUACUCACCACACGGGACAUGGUUGGAAGAUCCCAACGACUCGAGCGAGGAGACCACUACUGACUUUGGGAAUGUACGUACUUACGACACCUCGCAUUUGGCCUUUGGAAAUGGAUUCGUGGAGUCUAGCCCAAUCUCAUCAGUGGCAAAGUGGCUAGAGUCUCGGGAUAAAGCCUUUGAUGGCCCCGGAAUUCAGCGUCCCCGGAGGAUGACUUGGGAGCGGAAGCCUUCGCCGUUGAGCCGAUGUGAAUCAAUCUGGACAGAAAUAACCCCCCAAGAAAUACAGCCAGUUGCAAUCAAAGGGCCAAAGAAGCCGCCAUGCAAGAUUACGACUUGUGUUAUUGGGGCACCACCUGAGGAGUAUUUUUCAUUCCCGACUCCUGUUUUUAGUCGUCGUAGGGCGAUCAAGCAAGCAUUUGCAAAGGCUCGGCAGGGACUGGCGUCUGUGCUCACAUCAUUGAAGGACAAGCUCACUUAG